CUCUAGCUGACAGCACGUCUACAGGUAGCAUACCAAAAUGGCGUCGCUGCUCGGCGCCCGUGCGCCUGCUUUCUUUGGCUCGCGUGUUGCAACUGGGCGGACAGCUGCGCCGCGCCGCCUGGCUCCUACCACCACCCAUGUAGUUGCUGCCUAUGGUGACCUUCCGAAAAUCGGCGGCGGCCGUAAGUGGGAGCACUUUGAGCUGGGGCCCAGCGGCAAGGCUGUGCGUGUGGAUAUGCACGUCAAGAAAGGCGACACUGUCCAGGUCAUCGCUGGGAAGGAUAAGGGUAAAGUUGGCACUAUCGUGAAGGUGCUGGCCAAGAAAGGCAAGGUCGUCGUGGAGGGCGUCAACCAGGGCCAGAAGCACAUUAAGCCGCGCACGGAGGACGAGUCUGGGCAAAUUAAGACGAUGGAGUUCCCUAUCCAUCACUCCAACGUUAUGCUCUACUCGACGGAAAAGAACGUUCGCAGCCGCGUUGGGCACAAGGUCGUGGAUGGCAAGAAGGUCCGCUACCUCAUUAAGACUGGCGAGAUUAUUGAUGGAGUAGAUAAGGCAAAAACUCAGGCUCCUUGACUUGGAGGCCCGUGGAGCGUGGCUUCUAGCCGAAUGGAAACGACCAGAGGACGUGAAUUGGAGCACAUAACGUGGCGCGCCCGGGCUUGACGCGCGCCUGGUUCACGCAGGACCUUGGCUGCAAAGCAUAACCAGGCUCAGUUUUCCAAGGUCGGGCCUGCCAUUUUUGCACCAUCGUGAAUUCAGCCCGGGCUGGAGCCGUGCGGGGUUAUACGUUGAUGUAGUCGUCGCAUGCCUGUGCUUGUGGUGCAGACCGCUAUCAGCUUGGGGCUGACUGAGGAAGUGCGGAUGAUGGGGCAUUACGCACAUGAUGUUAAGCCAAGGGCUAGCAAGGAUGCAGACUUCCUUUGCACGUCUUCAGAGGGAUUACGAUGACUGCCAUCCCUGCGCUGUGUGUGUGUGUGUGUGUGUUGGGGGAGACGUGAAUCAUGGGCCUAGCGGCGGGAACGACUUGGAAGCGCAAUAUUGCAAACUCUUCCCAUGUAACGCAGCUUCUUGUGACAAUUCUCCCCC